AUGGAUUAUUCGAAUUUACGAGCCGCUGCCCUCCGUAAUGCCGAGGACGAGGAAGCCGUCACCGUCGACACCAGGGCCCUCAUCGACAAGGUCCUGGCACGCUACUCUGGAGAAUGGACGACGCUUCGAGAGUUGAUACAGAACGCGGCGGACGCGCAGGCCACCGCCGUCACCAUCACCUGGGAGACGCUGCCCUCGACAAGUGUCCCCAUGCCCAACACGACCGACCGAUCGGACCAGCUGAAACAUGUCAUCGCAAACCACACGCUGCGACGACUCGUCGUUAGCAACGAUGGCCAGUCCUUUACUCCGAAAGACUGGGCUCGUCUGAAGCGAAUCGCAGAGGGAAAUCCCGACGAAACCAAGAUCGGCGCCUUUGGCGUCGGCUUCUACAGCGUCUUUGCCGAUUGCGAAGAGCCAUUCGUCAGCUCUGGCAGCGAAGCAAUGGCAUUUUACUGGAAAGGAAACUCUCUCUUCACCAAAAAGUCCAAGCUUCCCGAGGAACAAACUAGCAACUCUACAACCUUCGUGCUCGACUAUAGAAACACCACCACACCCAUGCCAAACCUCUUGUCGGUUUGCCAGUUUCUGGCUACUAGCUUGACCUUUGUUGCGCUACAAAACAUAGAAUUCAAAAUCGACGACUACACAAUCCUUUCCCUCAAGAAAAAGACCUCUCCCGUUGUCGACCUGAGUCUACCUAGAGAUCUUGUGCCCCAGACCAAGGAGGGCUUGAUGAAGGUGGUUGGGGUGGGCAGAACAAGCACGCAAAUCGACGCCUCGUUCAUGAGCGUUAUUGGCUGGAAACCGCAAAGCGCCAGUUCCAAGGCAGCAGAGACGUUCAGCACAAACGAGGCGUCUUCUUCCCUACGCAGCUUCUUUUCUCGUCUAACCGCAAAAACUCCUAACGCAAAGUCCAGAGCUGCUGCAGAUGAAAACAAGGCGCAAAGUCUCAUCUCUGAGGAUGUCACUAAAGUCAAAACUUCGUCCAUCUUUCUUCGCGCCACCUCAGCCAACGUGCAAACCAGUAUUACUGCUUCCUUUGCCUCUGAACUGGAACGGGCCACCAAGAAACCCCCGCCAAGCAAAACGAGGCUGUCAAUUUUGACAGCUUCCUUCGACGAAGCCGCUGCCUCCCAGGCCGCCUCGGUGCAGGAUGGCACAGGCGAUGCCACCGACGUUUUCGCUUCGGUCCUGCCCAACAAAAAGCCUGGCGGACGCAUCUUCAUUGGCUUUCCCACCAUGCAGACUACGGGAGCCGGAAUGCAUUUAUCCGCCCCAUCUGUAAUUCCUACGGUAGAGCGUGAAGCAAUAGAUUUGAAUGCAAGAUGGGUCCGAACUUGGAAUGUUGAGCUUCUGCGAGCUGCUGGAAUCAUUACGAGACUUGCAUUUGCCAAUGAAAUGGCCGACCUGCACAAAAAGGUCAUGGGGAGCGCCGGCACAGGUGUCAAAGUUGACGACGAGGUUGUCUCGAAGUAUUUGCCCGAAGCACUUCAUAUACUUGGCACAUACACCUUUGCAUAUUCCACCCCAAGCCCCCAGGUCGGCCAGAUCAUGGAAGAAGCUUUCUGGACCUGCUUCAAGAAGGCUUCUAUCGAAAUGUAUUCCACAAGAGGAGUGCUGCAAACGUCGGAUGUCCGGCUUGGAAUCGAGGAGCUCAGUGCUUUUGUCGAUAGCAUUCCAGUGGUACCAAAGCAACUGUCUGACGCCCCCUUCGUCAAGAAGCUGAUUGAUUUUGGUCUACUGAAUCCAAUCAAUGUUGGAGAUAUAAAAAAGGAGCUCGAAGUCAAGGCCUUGAGCAAGGCGCAAGUUAUCAGCUUAAUCACCUGGCUGGGAAAGAAGACCGUGAGCGGGGAGCUGGAUCCUGGUAGUCGCUCGGCUUUGCUCGACGUGGCUGUUGCCGCCAUAGAGGAGGGCGGCAGUGGCGAAGUGAUAGCACUGGGAAGCAUCACCAACUACCAUAGCCUGGCACGGAUACCUGCCAAUAUGCCGAUCCCGCCGACGACGAUACCAUUCUCAUUUAUUGUCAAGUCGACACCUUCCGAGCUGCAGGCCUUGGGAUGGGAACCUCUAGAGAUCGUCCCCUGGCUGAAAUUUCUGAUUGAAACCUCAAAUAGCAGAUCCGAGGAGGAGAGUCUUACCAAGUCUGCGAAAUUCGCCGUCCAAGUCUUGGUCAUAUUAUCCAAGAAUUGGGAUACACUGAGCAACGCGAGCCGCAACACCCUCACGACCUUGGUACAGAAUAGGACCGUCAUGCCAACAAAGCUGGGUAUGAAGUACCCGGCAGAGUCCUUUUUUCCAACUGUCAAGUUGUUUGAUGACCUACCCGUUAUUCAGGGCUGCGAAAAAGUCAAAGAAAAGUUCCUGGUCGCCAUUGGAGUCCGCAAAACACUUGAUUUGGAGACAAUAUUCACCAGGCUGCUGAACACGCCAGAAAAGGGAGGGCUGCAGAAAUGGAGCCACAUGGAACUUAUCAAAUAUCUCACCUCGGUUCAGGCGGACAUUCCUUCUGCGGACAUGAAGAAGCUCGAGCAAUCAAAGAUAUGCCCCGCGGAAGCUGGGCCGAAGGGUAUGGAGCCAACAAAGGGCACCGAUGCUCUGUACAAAGUCUCGGAGCUAUUCGAGCCGCAAGCAGCUCUACGGACCCUCAAACUCCCCAUAAUACAAUGGCCAGGCCCUCCUGGAAGCUACCGCAGCAACAGCGCCGAGGCGUUGUUUUUGAAGAAUUUGGGCUUGCGAACAUAUCCUUCCGUCCCCGAGCUUGUAGAAAUGAUGGCUUCCAAGGAUGCAGCCCUUCGGGCGAAUGCCAUGGCCUACUUCAUUACCAAUCAUCAUAUGAACAUGUACGGCGCUUUUGAUUUGGGCACCUGCCGCAAGGCAAUCAUUCCCUUAAAGGACAGCAGUGAGCUCGUCAUGCCAUCGGCCUGCUUCACGAAUCCGGACGUCACAGUGCUUGGCUUUUCCGUGCUGAGACAAGAUCUGCACGACCACGCCAACAAAUUCGGUGUCGCGAGAGAUCCCCCGAUGCUCGAGUGUGUUAGUCGCCUCCUUGCGAGCCCACCGCAGGACCACCAAUCGGCCGUGACCGUAUUUGGGUACUUUGCAUCCCGUCUCAGUGAGCUCGGUGACAAGAAUGUCUUCAGAAUUCGCAACGCUCCUAUCGUGCCUAUCUCACGCGCGAACAAUAGUGUCAUGAAAGAGAAGAGAGAAAGGAGCGUCACUUUCAUCACACCCGGCCAAACAUAUUUAGGCAGCUCGCCAACAUACGAGGCCAUUUUCGAUUUUGUGGACUUUGGCAAUAAUGCCAAUGCAUUCUUAUUCAAGUGCGGUGCCAGAAAUGAGCCAACAAAGAUGGAGGUCGCAGAAAUGGCAAGUAGCGAGCCAGCGCGGCUGCUUUCUGCACUUGGGAACAUUGAGAAAUAUCUGAAUCUUCUCAAGUCCCUGGCAGAGGAGAGCCACAACUUGCAGCGAAACAAGGCUCUUUGGGGAAAGAUGCGGAGCUCCAAAUUCUUGCCUGCUUACAGGGAAGCCGCAGUUCCGACGAAAGAGAAUCUUAUCGAUCUCGAAGACGAGGUGGAGCCCGUGAAGGAGUAUCAAUUUGCCUCUGCUGGUCAAGUUGUCGUGGUCGAUGAUAUUGUCAGUCACCGCCUAUUCAAAGACCAUCUUCUUUGUGCCCCCGAAGAGGACUUACUUGAGGACUUUUACAUACAGCUUGGUGCUCACAAGCUGAGCUCAAUGGUAGAGGAAGAUCUUCGAAUUGGUGGUCGCGCAACGAAGGAUUCAAUCAGCCAGCACCUGCGAAAGCAUGUGAUCGAAAGAUCGAAGCUCUUCCUCCACGAAUACACUCACUACCGACGAGAUGUGAUGAAGCACGAUGCUAAGUGGCUGGACUCAAAUCUGCUUGUCGAAGUGGUUCGCUCUGUUGCGCUUCGAAGAACCCUCAAGGGUCAGAGCCAGUCACACAUCGAACGUCGCUCCGCCGCCGGCUCGUACACCAAAGGAGCAUGGAUUCUCUACGUCGCAGAUGAUUCGAAACCUGACAUGUACCAAGUUGGACAAGCUCUUUGCCAAAUGCUGCUGAACCGGCCGAAUCAACAUGCGUACCUCUUCUUUGAGCCAUUUCUAACCCUCGAUCUCUACGCUCUACGGGACAGAGGACACAACGUGGAUCGAAUUCUACGUGUCAAAGCAGCCGAAGCUCGAAUGGCCGAAGAGGAGAAACGCAAAGCACUGGCGGAAGAGCAGAAGAUCAUGCGCGAGCGCGAGGUAAGUCAGGCGACGCGUAGCUUGAUCCCGGAACCAGCGGCUGCUGAAGCAGCACCUGCCAUCCCCAGCACCCCAGCUCAGGCAAAGACGACACUCCCUGGUGCUUGGUCAUCUCCUGAAGACAAUGCUCCUGAGCCAGCUAACACUGGCAAAAAGAGCAGGGGCUUGUUUUCCGAUUUGACAAAGCGCCUGGGCUUCGAUUCUCUUUCAGGGGACCAGCCACCCCCUUAUUCCGGUCCAGAAACCCGAGAAAGGGAAACUGGCCUCAAAGAAAGCUCCAAUGGUGGGCUGGAUACUGGCAAGGUAACUAGCCCUGCGGUGGUGCAACAGAAUCUCGCCAAUGCAGUCAAUGCCACGCGCGCGCAUGACUCCAACACCCUCUUUUCCCAGCCCAAGGUAAAUGAGGUCAAGGAGCAGGCCGCCUACUGCGACGCCGUCCCGGGCAGUGAUCUCCAAUACGUGAGCAACGCGCCCAAUGGACUCAAGGUUUACACCGCGCGCCAUCUGUCAGUCGACGCACAGCAGUUUCUAGCCGACCACCGUGACGCUGUUCACAGCUUCUCCUUUCUGCUGAUAGACUUGGCCCAAGUGUAUGGGCUGUCUUCGAAAGUGUUACAUAUCUACUAUGACGAAAAGGGCAGUACGAUUGCCUUCAACACGGGCGGCAGCAUCUUCUGCAACCUACGCUUCUUCCUGCAGCUGCACGCCGCGCAAGUCGGUCCCCAGGAGGGCGGCGCAGCCUGGGCGGACGCGGCGACCUGGUGGUGGGUUGUGAUUGCGCACGAGCUGGCUCACAAUCUGGUCGAGCCGCACAAUGCGAGCCACAGCUUCUAUACAGAGGCGUUUAUCCAGCAGUACAUGAGCCGCAUGCUCACAAAGAUUUCACAGCGGGCGCGAGGGGCUCAAUAG